AUGGCCACCACACUAAACGAGUCCCUUGAACAGAAAGUGGGCGCUGUGAGGGACCAUAAUUCGAAACAGGCCGUCGCUCGACUCCCAACCGAAAUUUUGUGUUGUAUUUUCAGCGAAUACAUCAACGUACACUUCAGCAGGACUCCGUUUGAGAGCAAGACUCCUCUCGUCUCCUGCUUUUCCAAUGCAAAUCCGACUCUUCUUAGUCAAGUCUGCUCGAAGUGGCGCGCCGUUGCCGUCAAUCUACCCACACUCUGGUCGUCAAUCUUCAUCUCCAUACCCGCAGAGUCCCACAUAUAUCUUGUGCAGCUUUGGCUCCAGCGUGCGAGAGAUCAGCCGUUGGAUAUAACCCUCGACAGCUCCCGAGAUCUAUCCUCCACUCGGAAGAUUCUGCGUGCUAUCGUGUUGCGCUCUCAAUACUGGAGGAAGGUCGACAUCAAAUUAUCGCAUUACCUCGUUUGGUAUCUACGCAAGCUUGUCGUUCCCCCUCUCCGAUGCGACGCGCUCCAAUCUGUACGACUGAUUCUUAAAGAGUCUUUCGCAGGAGAUUUCGACCCUCGCCCUUUUCACAACACUGAAUUGGAGACGCAACACCUCCGCAGCAUAUGGUCAUUUUUCUAUACCUCCACAUGCCUCCAAGACGUAGCUUGGAUUGGCGAUACGGAUCCGGAGGUGUAUUUCCACGAAGGCACCCCACGACGAUUAAAGAGGAUCGAUUCAUCAAGCAGUCUGUCGCUCGACCAGGAGCAAAUGGUUGAAUUUCUAGGAUUCUUUCCAGAGUUGACACAUUUACGCGCGGAGGUCGCCUCCGCUUCGCGGCAGUACAUCCCAAAACUUGGCACGCCAUCAAGACCUCUGACCCAUCAGCAUCUCCAUACCCUUCACCUCUACACUUUCAUUCCUCUAUCACUCGUGUUUUCUCACAUCACGCUUCCUUCCUUGUCAGAGUUGCUCAUCGCGUCUCUCUUUCACGACGGCACCCUGUUUGAUCCGCCUGUGCUCGAAAACUUCUUCCUACGAUCGAACUGCCAAUUGCAAGUUCUGAAGUAUUUGAAUAGAGAUAUGCCGGAGACAUGCUUGUUGCGCCUUCUCGAGUUGCCACAACUUCAAUCACUCCUCUGGCUUGGGUGCGCAGCGGUAACCACCGAUUUAACAAUUUCCGCCUUCCUCCAGACCACAGAGCACAACGUACCAAAAGUCUUACCGCGUUUGGAGAAUCUCUUCCUCUAUUCAUCCAACGCAGGAUAUGUGUUAUUGUCGGAGAUGAUUUCAUAUCGUGCGUCCCUUGUCAAAGACUUCAAUUUCGAUACAGAACUUGAAUACAUGCGAAGUACCAGUCCGUGGUUUUAUUGA